UCAAAUUUCCCCCUCAAGUCACAUCACGCGACCGGUUCCUUUGCGACGCUGACUCCAAACUACUAAGGAACCGUUUCUUUUCUUGGGGGGGGGGAGGGGGGCUUAUGAUAGAGACCCCAAUGCCUAGAGUGGACACCCGCGGCAUCCACCGACGUAGGCUCUCCGCCGUUUCCUCUCCUGAUAAAGGGCGUCCAGCCCGUCACGCGCUUUCCUUUCCACGUCGCCCUUCGACUCCGGAAGUGGGCGUGGCCAGAGAGGGCGAUGUUGAUGCUGGAGUAAAGAUGGCGGCGCGCGGAGGCGACGGUUGCGGUCCCCGCUGGGCGGGCUCGUGCGGGGCGCUGCUCCUCUUGGCGGUUCUUCUCUGGGGCGGCUCCGCGCACGGCCGCGUCCACCACCUCGUCCUCAAGGAUGAUGUGCGGCAGAAAGUUCAUCUGAACACUUUUGGCUUCUUCAAGGAUGGCUUCAUGAUGGUCAGUGUUCACAACCUCUCCGUUGACCGGAACCACCUGGUGGGAUUCACUUUAGACCGGACACGGAAUGAUGGAUUUUCCACUUACCUGGAUGAAAAAUUGGAUUAUUGCAUUUUAAAUAGGACGUCGCUUGAUGUUUCUAUUAAAAUCCUACUUGUGAACUUCACAGAUUAUAGUGUGAAAGUCAAGCCCAAAGCCGAAACUCCCCAGCUACCCAAAAUAGUCUUCGUAGAUGGGACUGCACAUUCGGGGACUGCUCCAGUCAAGGGCUCGUCCACAGAGGAGGCGCUGCCUCAGAACAGUGUGACGAAGCAGGCACCACCCAAAAAUGUGACCACACCUCAGGUGCCUGCUGAGAAAUCGCACCCCUUCCAGAACAUAUCAGGUGGCCUUUCUUUCCAGUUUUUCUUCAACAUCUCUGAGACCCAGGAGGGCCUUUACAGCCUCUACUUCCACAAAUGCGUCGCUAAGAAUGUCCUGAACGAUCCCUUCAGCCUCGAUAUAGAAAUUAAUGAGAAGAACCCCGGCAGCUACCUCUCGGCAGGAGAAAUCCCUCUCCCUAAGCUCUACAUUUCAAUGGCUUUCUUCUUCUUCAUCUCUGGGGUGGUGUGGAUCCAUAUCCUUCGGAAACGCAGGGCUGACGUGUUUAAGAUUCACUGGCUUAUGGCUGCUCUUCCUUUUACCAAGUCCCUCUCUUUGGUCUUUCACGCAAUCGACUACCACUACAUCUCCACUCAAGGCUUCCCCAUCGAAGGCUGGGCCGUGGUCUACUACAUCACUCACUUACUAAAAGGUGCUCUGUUAUUCAUCACCAUCGCCCUCAUUGGCACUGGCUGGGCCUUUAUUAAGCACAUCCUUUCGGAUAAAGACAAGAAAAUCUUCAUGAUAGUCAUUCCGCUGCAGGUCUUGGCAAAUGUGGCCUACAUCAUCAUCGAGUCGACAGAAGAAGGCACGACAGAAUACAGUUUGUGGAAAGAGAUCCUUUUCCUGGUGGACUUGCUUUGCUGUGGGGCCAUCCUGUUUCCAGUCGUGUGGUCAAUAAGACAUUUACAGGAGGCUUCUGCAACAGAUGGCAAAGCUGCCAUUAACCUAGCAAAGCUGAAACUGUUUAGACAUUACUACGUCAUGAUUGUGUGUUACAUUUACUUCACACGGAUCAUUGCCAUCUUCAUCAGGAUUGCUGUUCCGUUCCAGUGGAAAUGGCUUUAUCAGGUCCUGGAUGAAAUGGCCACCUUGGUGUUCUUCAUCCUCACUGGGUACAAGUUCCGGCCGGCCUCAGACAAUCCUUACUUGCAGCUCUCUCAGGACGACGAAGACAACUUGGACAUGGAAGCUGUGGUGACGACUACAGGUGUCAUGGAGGGCAUGAAGAAAGUGAAGAAGGUGGUCAACGGCUCAGCAGAGUCUCGAGGAGAGUGGGAAAGCACCGCGUGAUGGAUGGAUUCUUUUCCUCCCUCCCUCCCCCCCUCCCUCCUCCCCGGUGCCCCUUAGGACAAGGCAGCACUUUCAGAUACACUCUAAUUUAUUGAUCUUUUACUUUCUCAACGGAAACGAAGCUUGCUCAGCUUCCUGACAUUGGAACUGGAGAAUGUAAGAGGGGAGGCGGCGGAGAGGCGGGGCGACAUUCUGCAGAGAGCAAAAGCCCUUCCUCUGCCUUGGUUCUGCGGAAUCUGGGUUCUCCUGAUGCUGGCAACGAAGGUUUUGCGGGGGACGUGGUGGCUGGUGUUUUUUUUUAACAUACUGAUUUCUCUCUCUCUCUUUUUUUUCUCACUCCGAGGAGAAUGGAAGCAUCUGGGGAAUGUGGCUUCCAAAUGUGAAAUGAUAGAUCUGUGUGUGUAUAUUUUAUCAGCUGUGCUUCUUGAGGUGCAAACUCUGCUGUGUAACGUUGCGUGCCAGGAAACCAAUGAAGUUUUACAGGGGUGGGUGGGGGGAGGGCAUGAGAUAUUUCACGACUUUCUUUUUGUAAACUUUUGCUGACCGAAGGCAUCACGCUUUUUUUUAAAAAAAACCAUUUUCGUUUGGGGACCAGGAAGAACUCGGACCUCAAUAUGUGAACAGGAACUUUUGAGACCAAGCAGACACUUUAGAGCAGGGAGGCAGAACCACUUUUCCUUUUGCUCCUGAACCGCAUAGGUCAAAAGUGUGGUCCGAUCUCUUCUAUGCAUUGACUGGAAUGGUUUCUGAACAGGUGCAAUCAAAUCUGAUCAAGCUUGGAUGAUGCGUCUCCUCCCCCGCUACCCCGUUUUGUUUGGAGAGCACAGAAGUCAGAGCCGAUGGAUUCUAAUCCUCUGCAUCAAAACUGGAGCCUCCUUAAAAGAGAAAUGCAGAAUCAGUUGCCCCUGAGGCUUCCCAAGCAGCAGAUCUGUUGCGUUGUGGAGAUGGCCAGCUUUUCCAGAACUCUGACCUGAUCUCGGAAGGGAGCCCGUGCUGCCAGUUACUAGAGAAAUUGAGCCCUGGAUCUUGGAGCCAGAGCCCUGAAAGCUGGCUGACCUCCAAGAGAGGUCAAGAGACAGCAGCAGGAAUUCACCUGACCACUUCGCCCUGCCCCCCACUGUUCAUAAAACACCAGCCUUCCCCAGGCAGAGGAGUGUUUUGGAUCAUGCACAGGUAUUUGGAUGCUUCUCUGGGAACCUUUGGCAGCUCCUGUUGGUGAGAGUAGAUGGGGGCAGAGGGGCCAAGCAUGUUCCCUUGUGAGUAGAAGGCAUGUCAUGGCUGCACUUAGCAGCAGCAGGAGGGUAAAGAGAAGCCCCCCCUUCAAAGGGGCUGGGGCCCUGAGAGGAAACAAUGCAUUUGUGCACACCUGGGCUGGGCGCCCAGUUGCAAACUCCCAAGAGCGAGGCCAGAGAUGGCUUCCUUUAUUGUGAGCUUGGGGUGUUUGGUUUGUUAGGGGCAUUAAUUGUAGGUGGUCAACCCAUUAAAUGUCCACUUUUA